AUGAAGGAAAAAAAAUGGAUUCUCAAAAUCAUCAAUCACAGAUGGGAUGUCACAUUAUCUCGUCCAUUACAUCAAGCUGCCCACUACUUGAACCCUAGAUAUCAAUAUGAAACAGGGGUUGGCCACAAUAAAGAGUUAAUUUAUGGACUCCAACGCAUAUUUGAAAGGUUGAACCCAACUGAGGAUAGAGGUUUGCAAGCAUUUGGGGCUGAGGUGAUAAGUUUUAGAGAUUGUAGAAAGACAUUUUGCACUGAGAUGGCCGUCAAAUCAAGAAAAUCGAUCCCCCUACCAGAAUGGUAG